UAUAUUCCUAUAAUAUACAUAUAUAUUGCAUGUUCUAUAUAAAAUCGCAGAAUUUAUUUUCUAAAGACUUGAAUUACACAAAAUGAUGAAAUUGAACGUUUAAAUGAGCGGCUGCUUGUGAUUGGUGCCUACUCUUAUAUCUAUCCUAAAUCUAAAAGUAUACGCCAAUCACAAACAGCCGUUCAAUGAACAAUUGUAUUGAAUGCACCAUAGACAUCUAUGGUAUAUCAUGGUUUAUGGUUGGCAGCUUAUGGGAGCCAUGAUGUUUGUCAUGUUUUUUUCAUUCUCCAUCACUUGCAGCCAUCGUCAUUGAUUGUUGUUAAACGGAUUUAUUUUUGUCUCUCGUUGAUAUUAUAUAGAAAAGUUAUUCGCGCUAAUAGGCAUCGGAUCGCAUUGUUUACAUGAAGAUACAACAUUACAACCACCAUGACGACCGCACUGUACUUGGAGCACUAUCUCGACAGUCUCGAGCAUUUACCAAUCGAAUUACAGAGGAAUUUUACACUGAUGCGAGACUUGGACGCGAGAGCGCAGGGUCUGAUGAAGGACAUCGACAAGCUGGCGGAUGAUUACUUAAGAAAUAUAAAGAAAGAAUCAUCGGAGAAGAGGAAAGAACAGCUCGCCCAUAUUCAAAGUCUUUUUAAUAAAGCAAAGGAAUAUGGCGAUGACAAGGUUCAACUAGCUAUUCAAACCUAUGAAUUGGUUGAUAAGCACAUCAGACGUCUGGAUUCGGAUCUAGCAAGAUUUGAAGCAGAGAUACAAGACAAGACAUUGAACAAUAGUAGAGCGCAGGAGGAGGGCAAUGCCAGCAAGAAAGGUAGAAAGAAGCUUAAGGAGAAGGAGAAGAGGAAAAAAGGCAAUGCAGUGAGCAGCGAGGACGAAGCCAAAAACGCGAGAAAGAAACAGAAAAAAGGUGGCUCUGUGGCUUCAGCAUCGUCCACUGGUGCUGUGGGUAGUGGCGCCCAAGUGGAUUCGACAGCACUCGGACAUCCGGCUGAUGUUCUGGAUAUGCCCGUUGAUCCUAAUGAACCGACUUACUGUCUUUGUCACCAAGUAUCGUAUGGAGAAAUGAUUGGUUGCGAUAAUCCAGAUUGUCCCAUAGAAUGGUUCCAUUUUGCCUGUGUAGGUUUAACUACAAAACCUAAAGGGAAAUGGUAUUGUCCUAAAUGUACGCAAGAUCGCAAAAAGAAGUAAGAAGUAUUAGGAAUUUUUAAAUCUGCUCAUUGCUACAUUUUUAAAGAGAAGACUAUACUGUACGUU